AUGCGCUCCAGCGCUUGUAUGCAAAUAAUAAGCCUUGUGUUCAUCUCAAUGGGUGAUAUAACAACAAGGGUGGUUCUUGAGUGGGGUUUUACUUAUCCAAAAAUAAUCAAAUGUGUAUGUAUUAUCGGCCGCAUUGGAAAUGACAUGGUGUCACAUGAGCGCGAACAACUAUCAGAGCACAUGGCAUCCACUGUACAAACUUGUACAAAAGAGCAUGGGAUCACGGUGGUAGAAGCCAAUGAGAAGCUUAAGGUAAUAAUUGAAGAAGCAUGGAUGGACAUAGUCCACGAAUGCCUCCAUAGGGAACAUCCAAUGGCACUUUUAGAGAAGGCGACUGAUCUUGCCCGGACAAUGGAUUUCAUGUACAAGCGUGAAGAUGCAUACACCCUCUCGUUUAGCCUCAAAGAGACAUUAACUUCACUUUACGUGAAUUUCAUAUGA